AUGCUGAUGAUGCACUAUUUCCAACAUUCACUGAGUCACAUGGCGGUAAUGAAAGAUAAGAUCCGGAAGAGUGGUUGCAUUCAACACAAUAUUCUGCUUGUUAACGCAGAAGCCGUCAAGCUGGCAACCUUGCCCAACACCGAAUCUGAAGGGCACUCGUCAGCUAUCAAAGCGCCACGUCAGCUGCCGAAGCGCCGCGUCGACGCUGGUGGAAUGACAUCGCUCUUGAAGCUCAAUACACAAAGCUAUCAGAACCGGUUUGUGUUUUUCCUUGCGCCCUGCCAGCCUCGACAAAUCUUCAAAAUUCGUGGCAACAUGGAAGACAGCGCGACCGAUGGCCACGAGGAAUACAACUGUGUGGCCUGCCAACGGCCAGAUAGUGCGGACAACAUGGUCCAGUGCGACCAGUGCGACGUCUGGAAGCAUUACGCCUGCGCCGAGGUGAAUGAGAGCAUCCGGGAUCGAUCCUUCUUGUGUGGUGAUUGCACCGCGCAUGCCGCACACCAGAGUGAUGACGUCAUAUCGGUCCGAAGUGAAUUCAGCCACACUAGCUCAACAUCGGUGUUCUCCGUCUGCCUGAAUCAGCUGGUGGAACGACAGCAGACCGAACGCGCUCGUGUGGAACUGGAACUCCAGCGGCGCCACUUGGACGAGCAGCAGAAACUGAUCGACAGAGUACUAGAUGGGGAGGAAAUUGCGAGCCAUCGUAGUGGCGGCACGAGAGGUGGUGCAAUCAUCGAUGCGACUUCACCUUCGUCGAAUAUGCGCUUAGUGACACCAACUCCUCCUGGAGCUCCUCUGGCACCGAAUGCUCGUCGGUCGAUGCCUCCACCCAGUGAUACACCGAAAACUACCGCUCCAGUGAUGGUGUCAAUUCCACUCUCGGCGAUCGAGCCAGGUACCGUGGAAUUUCUGAAGGCCAAAAGGGAUCCGAAAGCUGCCUUCAUAGCCCUCAAGGAUCGGGUUGAGCAGUGCGAGCAUCGCGCCAACCCAACAUCUGAAGAGCUGGCAAAUCUACGAUCUCAAGUAGAAAUGUGCCGGAAGCUUUUGGAGAAGUUUCAACACGGCGCAGAAACAAGCCAGCCAGUUCAUCGUUCAGCUCCGGUCAACUCGUCGAUGGUGCGGCCACCAAAGCCAGCGGCGAACACGUCGCAAGUGAAGAAGCAGACCGGCACCAUCCCGAAGACGAACCGAUCGAUGCAACAGACUCCCGCAGACGACCAGAUACAGUGGGAUCGUCAUUCAUCAGAUGGAGCAGUUGGUGGAACCGAUCCACUUGAGGAUCUAUGGUCGCUAAGGAUGCCGGUAAGACAAACCAGCCGGCCACCGGUAAGUCGAACGAUGGAACCCCAGCAGCAGUUAGCAGCAAGGCAGUCCCUGGCUAAAGAACUUCCUCGAUUCACCGGUGACCCAGCGGAAUGGCCGAUCUUCAUCUCUAACUAUCGCUACACAACGAAAGCCUGUGGUUUUACAGAUGGAGAAAAUAUGCUGCGCCUCCAACGGUGCCUGUCUGGACCAGCGCUUGAAACGGUUCGCUGUCGGUUGGUGCUGCCAGCAGCAGUCCCGCAGGUCAUCGAGACACUUCGCUUGCGGUUCGGACGACCGGAAUUGCUGAUCAACGCUCUGCUUCGUAAGGUGCGAGAAAUUCCAGCCCCAAAGUCGGAUAAGCUGGAAGGACUAAUUGACUUCGGAAUGGCAGUGCAGGCGUUAUGUGACCAUAUAGAAGCUGCGAACGAACGCGCUCACCUAUCAAACCCGUCACUGCUGCAGGAACUCGUCGCUAAACUUCCUGCGGAUCAACGAAUGAUGUGGGCGGGGUAUAAGCGAGGAUUCCAAGAAGUCGAUCUCAAAACCUUCGGCGAUUAUAUGGCAGCUGUGGUACGAGAUGCGACAAGUGUAGUGACCUUCGAACCAGAGGUCAAACGAAACAACCCUCGCGACCGCCCGAAGGGCAAAGGAUUCAUUAACUCCCACGCAGUGGAAACGCCCGGAAGGACAUGGGAUUCAUCGAGUGAUCCGACAGAAACGGCGAAGCAGUUCAAUUGCCUGAACCAGUCUUCAAAAAAUCCCACUCUGGGAGCUGCUGAGAUUCAAAAAAUGUUGACAGUCGAUGAUCGUUGGAGACGAGUCCGUGCGCUGAGUCUAUGUCAAAACUGUCUAUUCAGCCAUGGACGACGCGCGUGCCGAGGCAGAAAGUCUUGCGACAUCAAUGGCUGCCAGUACCGUCAUCAUCCGCUUCUCCACUCAUCUAGAGGCCCACCAAAGUCAUCGGAAUCCACCGUUCAAGUCGCAGAAAACCACACCCAUCGGCACCUGAGUUCCUCGACGUUGUUCCGAAUCAUUCCCGUCACUCUUUACGGGGAGAACAGUUCGAUCAACACGUUCGCCUUUCUUGACGAGGGAUCGGAUCUGACAUUGGUGGAAAGUGACUUGAUUACUUCGCUGGGACUAAAAGGCACUCCUCUCCCUCUAUGCCUUCGUUGGACUGGGAAUACUUCACGCGUAGAGAAGGGUUCCCAACAGGUCACUGUCGAGAUAGCUGGACUAGGGCAGGACAAGCGGCACAAAUUGCUAAACGCGCGCACUAUUCUUAUCGGGAUCGAUAAUUUGCGGCUAGCGCUACCAUUGAAAGUACGAGAAGGAGAAGAUGGGACGGCGCCGGUGGCGGUGAAAACCAGACUAGGUUGGUGCGUCUACGGUCCCCAUGAAAGCAGUAAACAAGAUUCAUACAGUUUCCACAUCUGCGAAUGUUCCUGUGAUGAAACACUUCACGAGGCGGUGAAAGACUUCUUCGCCAUUGAAGGAGUAGGAGUAUGUCCGACAGUAAUCCUGAUGAAGCAGGAAGACGAACGGGCGCUAACCAUAAUGGAAGCCACAACUUACCGUGUUGGAUACCGCUUCGAAACGGGACUAAUUUGGAAAGAAGACCACGUAGAGUUCCCGAACAGCUAUUACAUGGCAGUGCGUCGGCUGGAAUGCCUAGAGCGCAGGAUGGAUCGUGACACGGUACUGAAGGAGAAUCUGCACCGACAAAUACGCGAAUACGCAGCAAAAGGAUACGCGCACAAGGCUACGAAAGCAGAAAUGGAAGCAGCGGAUCCAAGGAGAGUAUGGCACCUCCCAGUCGGAGCGGUGAUGAACCCAAAGAAACCGGGGAAAGUCCGCGUUAUUUGGGACGCUGCGGCUAAGGUCGACGGCGUAUCGCUCAACAGUGCACUCCUCAAAGGACCAGAUCAACUCUCUUCUCUUCCCGCGAUUCUUUUCCGUUUCCGACUGUACGGGGUGGCAGUCAGCUCAGAUAUCCAGGAGAUGUUUCACCAGAUCCGAAUCCGAAAAGCAGACAAGAACUCCCAACGCUUCCUGUGGCGAGACAACCCGUCUGAGAAGCCCACAGUAUACCUGAUGGACGUUGCCACAUUCGGCAGUACUUGUUCACCGGCAUCAGCACAGUUCGUUAAAACAGGAACGCCGAGCAACACCGAGAGCUGUAUCCGGAAGCGCACGGAAGAGGAAGCAGCAAAAGUGGCACGCGAGGUACGACACGUACACGGCAACGGAGGGUUCGAAUUGCACAACUGGCGGUCGAACAGUAGCACGGUGCUAGAACGACUGGGCGAAGUUCCACUUGCAGCCGAAAAGCAACUGAAACUCGUUGACGGAGUGAAUACAGAGAGAGUGCUCGGAAUGCUAUGGAGUCCUUCAACCGACGAGCUGAGCUUUUCCACCCAGAUGAGUGUAGAAGUCCAGUCACUGAUUCAAACGGCCACGCGGCCGACAAAGAGGCAGGUACUACGAUGCGUGAUGACUCUAUUUGAUCCAUUGGGAUUGCUCUCACCGUUCCUCAUCCAUGGCAAAGUUCUUAUCCAAGACAUUUGGAGAGAAGGCACUGAAUGGGACGAACAAGUCAGCACAAACGUAUUUGCGAAAUGGCAGCGGUGGGUGCAGAUGAUUGAGUACAUCUCCGGGGUGCGCAUUCCUAGAUGUUAUUUCCACCAUGCGAAUCAUAAGACCUAUCACAACUCCGAGCUCCAUGUGUUCGUCGACGCAAGCGAGGUAGCGUACUCUUGUGCGAUCUAUCUGCGCACUCUUAGUUCAGAAAUGGGUCCGCUGUGCUGCUUAAUUGCUGCCAAAUCCAAAAUUGCUCCGCUAAAGCCGUGGUCUAUUCCCAGACUAGAACUACAAGGCUGUGUCUUGGGCGUACGUUGGUCGAAGUUCGUCCGAGAAAAUCACGGUAUUCCUGUAUCCAAGAUGGUGUUUUGGACGGAUUCCAGAACAGCCCUGGCCUGGAUCAUGGCCGACCCUAGGAGCUACCGACAAUUCGUGUCCUUCAGAGUAGGAGAGAUUCUGGAGCACACCACGGCAAGCGAAUGGCGAUGGGUGCCAUCAAAGUCAAACCCAGCAGAUGAAGCGACUAAAUGGGGCAGCGGUCCGUACUUCGACCCAAACAGUAAGUGGUUCCAUGGUCCGGACUUCCUGCGCCUACCGGAGGAAGAGUGGCCUCAUCCAAAAGAGCCGGUGAUGGUUACUACCGAGGAGAUGCGGGCAUCGAUUCUGCACCACUGUUCAUUCGAGCCGAUGCACCUGAAAUACACAGGACAACUUCAGCAGUCUGAACUUCGAGCAGCAGAAACUACGAUAUGCAAGCUAGUGCAGUACGACUCCUACCCUGAUGAGAUCGCUGCACUGUCCAACAAGGUACCGAACGAAACCGGGCAGGAGGCUAUCGGGAAACACAGCUCCAUCUACCGAUUAAUGCCGAUUAUGGACGACAACGGGUUGCUACGUGAACGUGGCCGGAUCGGAGCAGCUGCAGACAUCGGCUACAACGUGUGUCAUCCAAUUAUACUGCCGAGAAAUCAUCAUAUCACGGAACUUCUCGUUCGUCGAUACCAUGAGCGAUACCGUCAUGGAAAUACAGAAACGGUGGUUAACGAGAUCCGCCAGCUGUACAGCAUUUCAAGACUGCGGUUGGUGGUCAAAAGGGUAAGCCGUGAAUGUACGUUCUGCAAGAUCCGCCGAGCGAAACCAGCAAUUCCACCAAUGGCGCCGCUUCCACCUGCUCGCCUGGCUCACCAUGAACGGGCCUUCACCUACACAGGGGGGGACUAUUUCGGGCCGCUGCUGGUCAAGCUGGGAAGAUCAAACGUCAAACGCUGGGUCGCAUUGUUCACCUGUUUAACAGUACGUGCCGUCUAUCUCGAAGUCGCGUACACACUGUCAACCGAAUCCUGUAUUUCCUGCGUCCGCCGAUUCGUGGGUCGCCGAGGCCCACCCGCCGAAUUCUUCAGUGACAACGGAACAAACUUCCAAGGCGCUGACCGAGUGCUGCGACAUCAGAUUAGCCAGGGACUGUCCGACACCUUCACUAGUACCAAUACUAAAUGGAACUUCAUUCCGCCAGGAGCACCGCACAUGGGAGGAGCAUGGGAACGCCUGGUGAAGUCAGUAAAAACCUCCAUGACCGAGGCGUACUCCGAGGAGAAACUCGAUGACGAGGGGCUGCAGACACUGGUCGUGGAGGCUGAACGUAUGGUGAACUCGAGGCCUCUGACGUAUCUGCCGCUGAGGAGUCUGAGGAGUCGGAGAGAUCAACGAAGCAACGAUACAGUCUGGGUUCAGCCAAGUGAACUAGUCCGCCGAGAAAUCCUGGGGAGAUCCUGGGAACUAAUCCAGCGUCAGCUGGAUGUUUUCUGGAGACGUUGGAUGGUCGAAUAUUUGCCGGUGAUCCGCCGACAGCCGAAGUGGUUCGACGAAACUCGUUCGCUAGAACCAGGAGAUCUGGUGAUGGUCGCAGAACCGACGAAGCGAAACGGAUGGGAACGAGGACGAAUCAUUCGCAUGAUCUCGAAUCCGGAUGGUCGACAUCGUCAGGCCGUCGUACAGAUUGGACAAAGAGCGUGGUGCGGCCGGUCUCAAGGUUAG